UGUCAUUCAUAACGUAGCAAAAACAUGGAUACUGAAUCACCAAGCAAGAAGAUGAAGAGAGGCCCAUCAUCAGUUACUCCAGAUACGGCUCGAUCAGCGCACCGAGAUUCUACAGAUAUAGCUCAACGGAUUGACGAUAUCGAUGACCGGAUAGAUGAAGUGAAGACAAUGAUCGAAAAAGUCCAAACAACAAUAGAAGAAAAACAUGUAGGUCCAAGCUUUGGUCCGGGUCGUAAUCAGACACUACAUGGGGGAGAGGCUCCAGGCACGCCAGAGGGUGCUCUUACCAUGCUACCAAUUUCGUCGAAUGAAUUCAUGCAGCAAUAUGACAAACUUCUCAUAUAUCAUGAUUAUCGAGAUGCUUUGGUGAGUUUUUUUCUAUGAUUGAAACCCGAGCACAUGGACUAAGAACACAGUUUCAAAUACUGGAAAACAGAAGACAAAAUAGAAUACUGUCUGCAAGAUAUAUAUAUAUAUUGUGAUCUUAGUUGAAAGCAAACUUUCCCCUGAUAAAUAUGAGAGGAAAACUAUACCAAUACAAUGUAUACAAUGCAAUUCCUUGAAUGCACGACCCCCCGGCGGAAGUAGGGGAUUAACAUAAUUAAUUUUAAUUAUUUUUUUUAAUUAGGUGUGUGUUGAUUUAAUGAGGUCAUAAACGAAGACUUCUUGUUUAUUUGUAAAGGGGAAUUAACAGAAUUAUAUUUUUAAUUAUUUUUUUUAAUUAGGUGUGUGUUGAUUUUAAUGAGGUCAUAAACGAAGACUUCUUGUUUAUUUGUAAAGGGGGAUUAACAGAAUUAAUUUUUGAAUUAUUUUUAAUUAGGUGUGUGUUGAUUUUAAUGAAGUCAGAGACGAAGAGUCAUUGUUUAUUUGGAAUAAUUGAAGGAAAUAAAUGCUAUUACAAGAAAGCAUCACUCGUAAUGUAAUGAAGGAAAUGGAAUAUUUUUUCAACACUGAGACAAAGCGGUCACGUUGGAGAUGGAGAUUUUUGUUAUGUGUGGAGAGUAGGGAUUGAUGAUGGGACAAUAGAAUUAGGGUAGUGAGUUGGUCAAGUACGUGUACUCUUUUGAGUGGGGAUUUUGGAUACAGGCAGAUGUUUGCCAAGCAGCUGAUCUGUGCGUGUGGGGUCUUGAAUGCAGACAGAUUUUUCGAGUGCCAUGUGUGC